UUUAAUAACUCUGCCCGGCCAAACCUCUUGACACCCCCACUCACCGAGCCAUUCGAGUACGGCAAGCAAAAGAUCCGAGGUGUCAACAUCGGCGGCUGGCUGGUCACGGAGCCCUUUAUCACCCCAGACCUGUUUGACCAAUUCGCAGCCUCGGACAACAUUGUGGACGAGUGGUCACUCUGCAAAAAACUUGGGCCUGAAGAGGCAGAGCGCCAACUGAAAGAACAUUAUGAAACGUUUAUCACCGAAGACGAUUUCCGCAAGAUCGCAGAGAUGGGCCUCAACCACGUCAGAAUCCCCACCGGCCACUGGGCAGUACAGGUGACGCCCGACGAGCCAUAUGUACCCCAUCUGUCCUGGACCUACUUACUCAAGGGAGUCCAGUGGGCCCGCAAGUACGGCCUGAGAGUGAUGGUCGAACUACACACCGCACCAGGAUCCCAGAAUGGCUGGAACCAUUCGGGCCACAAGGGUAAGAUUGGCUGGCUGAACGGCCCCGAAGGAGAGGCCAAUGCAGAACGAACCAUGAAAAUCAUCCAGAACAUGACCGACUUCUUCAGUGCUCCCGAGUGGGCAAACGUGGCGCCAAUAUUCGGCGUACUCAAUGAGCCUGCGAUCUACCGCCUACCCAGCAAGAAGCGUGUCAAGGAAUGGUACCAGACCAGUUAUGAUAUGAUCCGUAAUAGUGCACCGGCUGGCGGUCCUCUCCUGACGUAUCACGAAGGGUUCCUGGGUAUGCCCGAAUGGAACGGGUUUUUUACGGAACACAACAAGCGAGUCAUUCUUGAGACCCACAACUAUCUUAUCUUUGACCAGGGCCUUGUGUCAAUGAACCGUGAAAGUCAGGCAGCUUUUCCAUGUGGAAGUUGGCGUAGUGACCUAGGCCAGGCAAUGAAGGAUGUCGGACCGACUAUGGUUGGCGAGUUUUCGGUAGCCACGAAUGACUGUGGCAAGUAUCUCAAUGGCGUUGGACUGGGAACACGUAUGGAGGGCACGUUUGAAGAAGAUGGCGUCAAGAAGCCACCGGUCUGUCCGACAUGUAACUGUCAAGCAAUGGAGGACUGGACUACCUGGGACGAUGGCUACAAACGGUUCCUAAAGUCAUUUGCCGAGCGUCAGAUGGAUGCCUUUGAGACCAGCUACGGGUGGUUCUUUUGGACCUAUAAGACCCAGAACCACGCGAACCCUCAUUGGGACUAUCUGCUGGGUUGGGAACAGGGCUGGAUCCCUAAAGAUGCCAAUCACAGAGAAUCGUCUUGUACUGAUACU